CACUGAAACACAAGAACACGCCUUAAGACGCUGUUAGAGAGAUGAAGAAUUAAUUAAUUGUUUAUUUUUGUCUUUAAUCCUAUAAAGCUGCUUUGCAACAAUGAAGCAUUGUGAAUUGAAAUUAAAGCACUGAAUAUACAGAUACCAGAGAAGAUGACUGAAUACAUGAGAAGAAUGAAGAUGAUGUUGACUUUCACACUGCUGAUGAUUCCUGGAGCUCUGAGCUUCAGUGUGACGGGAUAUACAGGAGGAGCAGUCACCAUCACAUGUCAUUAUGAAAGUGGAUAUUCAACAAAUGCAAAAUAUUUUUGUAGACUUAGUGCAGACUUGACACAAAAGUGUUCUGAUCUGAUCAAGACUAAUAUUACAAAUAAAUGGUUUAAGAGUGGAAGGUUCUCUCUGUAUGAUGACACAACAGCAUCAGUCUUCAAUGUCACCAUCACUGAUCUGAAUGAACAUGAUUCAGACACAUACUAUUGUGCAGUUGACCGAUCUUUAUGGGAUAUCUACACUGAAGUGAUUCUGAAUGUUACAGAAGAUGACUGUUGUGAGAAGAUCAUCAGUCUGUCAGUUCCUUCAGGUGGAUCUGUGAAUGUCAGCUGUAAAUACCCACAAUCCCACAGGACAGACAUGAAGUUUCUCUGCAGGUCAUCUGGAGCUGAUAUAUGUGCUCAUGUGAGACAGACACGAGACAGAGAUCAUGAUGUUCUCUUCAUCACUAAUGUGACUGAUCACAGAUCAGCAGAAUACUGGUGUGCACUUCAGACUGAGGAUCACAGAUACAAGAUCUUCAUCACACGAGUACACAUCACUGUCACUGACACAACUGAUCACAAAACAUCACCACCAACAACAACAUCAUCAUCACCAUCAUCACCAUCAUCCUUCUUAUCGUCUUUCCCAUCAGUUCAGUCAACACUGGUCAUGACAUCAUCAUCCUCAACUUUCUCAAAAAAUCAAUCUGCAGUCACGUCAGCAUCUCCUGAGAGAUCAUCAGACACUUUGUUGAUUAUGAGUUUGUCUGUGGUUCUGGUUCUGAUCAUCAUUGGUCUGUUGUUGAUGACAGUGAUUCUCUAUAAGAGACAUCAGACUGCAGUGACACGAUCUCAGGCUGGUCCAGUUCACAAGGAGCAGAUUUCUCGAGCAUCUUGUGAUUACACAGAGGUUAAAGACAUCAGAGGAGAUGAAGUCUGCAGUACUGAUUCUCCAAACACUGUGUAUGCCAUGGUACAAUCACCCACAAUCCCCUCCGAUGCUAUUAUCACUGUUUAUGAUACUGCUCAAUUACCCACAAUCCCCUCUGAUUUUAAUAACACUGUUUACUCCUCUGCACGAUUACCCACAAUCCCCUCUGUCGGUUCUGAUCUUGUCAGAUUGAGGAAUAGUUUGGAUAGUUGUGAGUACUCUACUGUCAAUCAUUGGGAUACAUAAAUAUAGGAGGAAAACAGUUUUUUACAUAUAUUUAUACAACAGUUCUAUCUGGUUCUCGAAUCUGAUUGGCUGAGAGCCAUGUGAUAUUCCAUCAGUAUCACAACAGGAACCGCUUCACUGACGUUUGAAUCAGAACGGCACUAACUAUUCUGUCCUCUGCACUCGGCCUGUGGGCUGAGGCCUCACCACAUCCAUCCUGAUACAGACCCCCAUCACACUCCUUCUCGUGCAUUCAAUUAUAUUUCAUAGUUUUAAAGGACAGACAGUGAGCAGUGCUUUAGUUAGAAAAUGUGCUUUCAGGGAUACAUUAAAGACAAUGUUGGGGUGAUGUGAACAGUUUACAUCAGAUGUAUGGUACUUAAAUCUGUUUUCAGUUUAUGUCUCAAAAUAAGAGAAGACAGAAUGUUUCACGACCAUAUUUAUUCAAAUAUGCAUUUUUUUUAAUAUGCUUUAUUGUGAAUACUUGACGUGUUUUAUCUAAAGUCAAAGUUCCAUUAUGAUUUGGAAAACAUAGUUUAAUUAUUUGCAGUAUUUCCUGUUUUGUGGACCGUCCAUCCAUCCGUCCUGUUUAUGUGGAGUUUAACUGUUUGUCACAUAUUGUUUUAAAAGGCCCCACAGGUCCUUCACAGUUGAGAUUUGUUUGUUGACUAUUUUAUAAUAAAAACCUCAUGUUCAUUA